AUGGCAGAUGGAGCAGCAGCAAAAAAAAAUGUUGCUAAUGGCGGCGGCGAGCCCGCUUCAAUAGAGCGCCGUAAAAGAAGCCGCAGCGCUCCGAAAGAGCGCUGCACGCCCUAUAUUUUCCCAGUUGAAAAGAUACUGAAGAAGCGCUUUAAGGAUGGACGUCCGCAGUACUAUGUGAAAUGGACUGGAUACCAAAGUUCCAGUUACUCGUGGGAAAGCAUGGAGAACCUAAAGGGUCCGGUGUUGGCAAACUUUGAGACUGAACUGUACAAGAAGGUCAAGAAACAGAUCACUUAUGAUGAGCCAAGAGUUCGUCACGGUCCACUUGACAAGCCGAAAUUUAAUGACUCGGGCUCGAGUCCCAACAAGGACCAGAAAGAUUCUUCCCCGAAAUUGCCAAUGAAGCGUCGUCGCUUCCGCUCCUGCGAUGAUUUCUAA